UGUCCCCCAAACAAACGCUGCCUUUUUCCAUGUAACAGCAGGAACCGAUUUUUCUCCUAGAUUUUCCCCUUUGGACUCGGGACCAUUAUCUCUUCCCUUUCCCCGAAAAGCUGUGAAAAUUGCUGAGAAAAGAAGAGAAGCCAUUUUCACUCACUGACUUUUUCCAUCCUUAUCAUCCUUUCUUUCCUCUUUCGAUCUCUUACCACAACAUCUUUGUCACUCUAAAAAGCACAGCUCAUUUUGAUGAUUUUGAAGAACAGUCAUUAAAGCUAAAUACAUGGCGUGCAUGAAGUUGGGAUCCAAACCUGACGUCUUUCACCUCGACGGCCAAACAUGGCUUUGCUCAAGUGGACUUCCAAGCGAUGUCAUCAUUGAAGUUGGAGAGCUAUCUUUCCAUCUCCACAAGUUUCCAUUGCUAUCAAGAAGUGGGUUAUUAGAAACUCUUAUGGGGGAAUUAUCCGGAGGAGAUGAGAAUAAAUGUGUUCUGCAUCUUCAUGACAUACCUGGUGGACCCAGAGCCCUUUUGCUUGUGGCCAAGUUCUGUUAUGGUGUGAAAAUAGAACUCAGUGCAUCAAAUAUAGUUAGUCUUAGGUGCGCCGCAGAGUACAUGCGGAUGACUGAAGAACAUGGAGAGGGAAAUCUUAUUGUGCAAACCGAAAACUUUUUGAAUGAAAUCUUUGGAAAUUGGACAGACUCAAUUAAAGUCUUAGAAAAUUGUGAAGAGGUUUUACAACAAGCGGAAGAGCUGCAUAUUGUUUCUAGAUGCAUAAACUCAUUGGCAAUGAAAGCUUGUGCAGAUCCAAGUUUGUUCAGUUGGCCUAUGGCCGGACAGAGUGCAAGGCAGAGCCCAGAAGGCACUGCAUUCUGGAAUGGAAUAUGCACGACUGCCAAACCGCAUCCUUUAAGUGAGGACUGGUGGUAUGAUGAUGUGUGCUUUCUGAGGUUACCUCUGUAUAGACGUCUAAUUCAGGCCGUUGAAAUGGGAGGUAUGAAACCGGACAGGAUUGCUGGUUCCCUCAUUCACUAUGCAAAAAGGCAUCUUUCCUUAUUGUGUAGGCAAUCAAGCCUGCAAAAUGGAAACCGUUCGGCCCCUGGAACGACCAUUUCUGUGCCAUCUGAUGCAGAUCAAAGGAAUCUUCUCGAAGAAUUAGUGGAAUUACUACCUGAUCAAAAGGGUGUGACACCUACCAAUUUCCUGCUUAGGCUUCUAAGGACCUCUAUGAUCUUGCAUGCAAGUCCUUCAUGCCGAGAGAAUUUAGAAAAACGUAUUGGUGCCCAGUUGGAUCAAGCAGUUCUGGAAGAUCUUCUUAUACCAAAUAUGGGGUAUUCAGUGGAGACUCUCUAUGAUAUCGAUUGUAUUCAGAGGAUUCUUGAUCACUUCAUGCUGUUGGAUCGUGAUUCAACCGACUGUGCUUCGAAUUUUGUAGAUGAAGGCCAAUUGAUGGGAGGUUCUCAUCCACUGACCCCAAUGACUAUGGUGGCUAAUCUGGUAGAUGGGUAUCUUGCUGAGGUGGCACCUGAUGUAAAUUUGAAGUUACCUAAAUUUCAGUCACUGGCUGCUGUUAUCCCUGAAUAUGCGAGGCCAUUAGAUGAUGGAAUUUACCGUGCUAUUGAUAUAUACCUCAAGGCUCAUCCCUGGCUUACAGACUCUGAGAGGGAACAAAUCUGCAGGCUCAUGAACUGCCAGAAGCUCUCACUAGAAGCCAGCACUCAUGCCGCUCAGAACGAAAGGCUACCUCUCCGUGUCAUUGUCCAAGUUCUAUUCUUUGAACAGCUUCGUCUCCGCACCUCCAUUGCUGGCUGGUUCUUUGUUUCGGACAACCUUGGAAACUCCCAAAACCCAAGUGGGAAUCUUACACUUGCAAGAAAUGAGGCAUCCAUCCAGACCGGCACUGCUCAAGAUCAAACUAUAGCAGUUGAAAGCAUGAGGGAGAAGGUUUCUGAGCUUGAGAAAGAGUGUUUGAACAUGAGAGAAGAGAUUGAAAAGUUGGUAAAAACCAAGGGAAGUUGGAAUGCGAUCUUGAAGAAGUUGGGGUUUAGAGUAAAGUCCAAGUCAUGUGAGGCAAAAGUAUCCAAGAAAUGCAUUAACACCAAACAAUCACCACCAUCAACAGAACCCCAAAUGAAUGGAGGUAAAACCCAAAAAAAUGGUGAAUUUGAAGGUUGAAUUUUUUAAACUAGCAUAAUAGAAUGAACUUUGUUUUAUUUUUUUAUUUUUUAGCUCCAUAAAUUACCUUCCUAAGGCUAAUGAGUUUUUGCCUAAUUGUUUGUGGUUUUAGGCAAAAAAAUGUAGCCUGUUAUUAGUUUGUUAUAUUUAGUAACAUUCCAUUGUAAUACAAAACCACUUUCUCUAGAGAAAUUGCCAAUGUGUGUGUCUCUCUUGUGGAUUGAAUAGUAAA